CAAGUUAGUACGCAUUGCAUGGGCUCGGCUAUUAGCAGCUGGCGCUCUAAACACUCUUGCGGGACAAGCUGUUGAGAAGAAAAACAACAGCAUUUCUCUUUCUUUGAAAUCUUCUUUUACGCAGAGCAGGUACUACUCCCUGCUGAGGAGCGAACGGUUGCCUCUCAAGCCGAGACCGUUUGGACGUCCAGUCGAGUUCUGUCUUCGGUUAGAAUUGGUUGGGCUCGUGUUUCUUUAUUUCACUUGGUGUUUGGUUUUUGGCUUCACAAAGGGGUUCAGUUGGAGGAGUUAUGAAUAUCAGUUGAAUCAAUAAAAAGGAUUACAUUACAAUGUCGAAAUUACCCAUCGCCGCUUUCUAUCCAGCUGCAACAACCAACCUUUACGAAGCUCAUACCCGGAAUUCCACUCGGAUGCAAGGAGGCGGUUUAUCGAAUAACAUCAUCAAUCGAACAGCACCAGCCGUCACACCGGCUGAAAGUAACAAUAUAUCUAGUCCGGUUGUGCUCUGCGUUGAUGGCGUUCUUCUCUGGUUACUCAUCGCAUGGAUCACAGCUGGAACAGCAGCUAUUAUCACACUCCUCAUUAAAUCCUGUCGCAACAGAUGGAAACAUGUAGAGCAAGAAGAGUUCGACUGGGGCGGAUUGGAACGAUCACGUCCUAGCGCAAGCCAACACACUCGAUCAACGAGUUGUUCGUCGGCACCUUCCGUCCGCAAUGCUAUUCCAACACCCAAACCAUCAGUUCCACAUUCUACACCGUCUAGGUUCAGUCACCGUGCUUCAGCGCGUCAAUUUAGUUCAAGACGAGCGGAAGUAGAAGAAGGUAACCGCCGUCCCAAAUCACGAAGUCGGCGACUACAAUCGACGACAGCUUGAAGUGGAAGAACCUUCCUCACUACAUGAAUACUCGACAAACAUUAAUUAACAUUUAAUCACACAUCAUUAACGUUACCCAUGUCUCAAAAGUACAAUCAAAGAAAAUAAAUUGAAUUCACAGAGAGUUUAGUUGGGUCGUCAACCGACAAGACUAUCACCAUCUGUAUUCAUGAACAGAAUUGUAUAAGAUUAAAGAUAUACUCGGAUGUCCCAUCCAGUGGUGACUUAUCUUCUCCGAUCGCUAAAAGUUCGAGGACUACCAUAACCAUUAAAGUAAACAAGUGGAAAUAAUAACCGGGAAGGA